UCAGUCUUAGGCAAACAAUGUGUGAUCCAUUUGCAAAUCGUAUUCGCUUGAUUUGUGUUCUACUCGAAACCACCCAAAUUUUGGGCAUAAUACAGCCAAUAAAUGAGCGUGAUAACUAUAACAUUCCGUUUCAACUGGCAUAUAGUCUAUUAUACACAGGAUUUGCAUUAACUUCCUUCUAUUACGCAUAUGGCAUUAUACAUUUGCGUUCAGCAGGACCUAUUAAUGAUUUUCUAUGCCGGCUGUGUGGAGCAAGCCUGAGUGUUUGGCUACGAUUCAACUUCUUAAUGAUUGUUCCUUGGGCUCUUAAAAUCUGUCUAGAACUAAAUGAGCAGUCGUCGCACUUAUGGAAAUUGCUUACCCAUCCCGAACUUGUGUCUUAUUUAUUUUUGUUUUGCGGCUUAACAAUUUUUCUUGCACAGCUUACAUUCUUUAUGGCUGGUUGCUUUUUUGCCAUUGGGUAUCUCAAAAAAUUAAAAUAUGCUCUGCAGAUAACUCAGGAUAGAGAAAAUCAUGAACUUCGUAAUUAUGCUCAAGCGCUCAAUCAAUCAAUUGGCUUCGAAAUGAUUCAAAUUAAUGCAAGAUAAAUGUUUCCUGGAAAUGAAGUUUUAAUUUUCUCAG